AUGGCAACCAACUUUGGAAAACAAGCGGGCCCAUUAGACGAAAUCUGUCAAACAUCCGACAAUAGCGAAUUUCCACCGCUCAGCAGCGCCAAACAAUUAAAGCGGGAGCGCGCGGUCGAAAAGGGCAGACACACUAAGCUGAUCACAAAGAUAGAUCAACACAUCGCCAACUUUGGCAGUAAACGAGAGCUAGCUGUUCAUCGUGCAUCAUUGGCCGACCAAUUAGAAGAGUGCAUAGCGGCUCAUGGGCGAUAUGUUGAAGCGACAGAUUUUAACGAAGAAGAAGAUGCAAACCCGGAUGAAUGGAUAAGAAAAUGUGAAGCGAUAACAAUGGAAGUAUACGGGCGAAUCGACAAAUACAUCCGCACACCGCGGUCCUCCAUCCACUCAUCUGUCGUUAACGAAGAAGCGCUGAACAACACGUUAAGAAAUCAGCCUGACAACAAUGACUCGAUCGUUAGCUCAUCAGUUUCGAGACGAAGAAACCAGGAUCCUGAUCCCGCCGCCAUCAUGAACGAAAUUCAGCAACGCCUACGCCAAGAAAUUGAGUUGAGAAGAAACGUCGAGGAACAGCUAUCAAAAGCGACUACAACUAUGACUCAAAUGACCAUCGAUUCCGCAAAACUGUCGAGCGAAAUUGAACGCAACGCUGAGUUUCAACGAAAAAUACAGCAGCAAGCUGAGCAGAUGGCGAAAGAUAAAAAGAACACUGAAGAAGCCGAACUUCAAUAUCGAGCCCUGGUGGAAAAAGAAAAGAGACAGAUGAACGAAAGAUACGAAAAGGCCAUGGAAGCCGUCGAAAACCGAAUCAAACAACUCGAAGAGCUGUCAAGGCAGGAAAAAGAAGCAGAAUGUCCCGAAAAAGCUGAUGCCUCCGCACACGGAGCAAUCCAGAAAAAACGUGUAGACUUCAAUUACCGCAACACUGAAGUAACAGUGGAAGCACCCAACAUCCGACGCGAAACAAAUCAGGGUCCGUCAUUCUUCCGGCCAGACGCGCCUUCCUUUGAAAUACCGAACCAAGGCCCGUCAUUCUUUCGCCCAGACGCGUCUUCAUUUGGAGUACCAAACCAAGGUCCUUCAGUCUUCCGUUCUGCCGCGCCGUCUUUUGGAGCGCAAAGCCAAGGCGCAUCAUACUACUGUGCCACUGCUCCGCCUUCAGAUGGAGCCAAUCAACGCAGUUCAGAAAAAAACGAAAAUCGAAAAAGCCCGACAGUCGACUCGUCAAAAUGGUCGUUCAACCAAACGAAAUACGGGCCGGCUAACAGCAACACACCGAAUCGAAAAUCCGUAUUCCGAAUGCCGCGACUAGAUCUCGACCCGUUCGAUGGCGAUCCGAGAAAAUGGCCGACUUUCAUCGCAAAUUUUAAAGAUCUAGUCAACGAUGAUCAGGCGAUAUCAAGCACUCAAAAAAUGGCGCUCCUCCGAAGUUGUUUGAAACCAAACAUACAGCAGAGUUUGGGCGAUUGUCUAAACGAUCCAGCUUUGUAUGAAGCAGCGCUUGAAGAGCUAGAGUGUACAUAUGGCCAUCCUCAUCUCAUUUCAAGAGCGUACAUUAGAACAAUUCUUGAUCUUCCAAAAGUUCCGCAUUUCAACGACUAUCGAGCCCUCUUAGGAUUUUCUACAUCCCUGCGCGGCGCCGUUUCGUCGUUAAAAAAUGGUGGCUACGAGAAUGAGCUGAAUUCUGGCGGCCUGCUAGAGAUAAUUCUCGACAAGCUUCCCGCUGACAUUCAAAGCAAGUGGGGGAAGAAGAUAGUUAAAUCACACCCGCAACUCCUGACUCUGCAAGAUUUCGUACCGUGGCUACACACUAUUGUGAAAGCAGAAAUGGUGGUUAAACAUGCAAAAGCGUCAAAUUCUCAACCAACAGAAGGGAAAACUGGAAGACAAGACCGCAAACCGGGCCGGCAAAUUCACAGCAAAUUUAGUUCGCCCGUCUCACCAACGAUUCUAUCGAUAUCGACUGCAUCGAAUUCGAACUCAAAAACAAAAAUUCAUAGCACCGUUCAAUUCAAGAACCUAAAAGAAUGUUUGGUGUGCAACGGCAAUCAUAAACUCCAAGAUUGCAAGAAAUUCUCCGACUUCUCCCAGCAACAAAAGUGUGGUGUCGACGAGUGUCAACACAACCAUCAUAGGCUCUUGCAUGGCGCGCCCCGAAUAUUUCCGAAGCCGCUCGUUAACCCGACGAACGAAAGUCCAGCAAUAGUGUCAACCAAGCGAAACGACAAUGGAACUGGUGGGUCCACCGGAUCGACCCAUUGUUACACCUGCGCCAUCCGCGAGAGGGACAGAUCAUGGUCCGUGCUGUUGGCUGUCGUGCCCAUCACAAUCUGGAACGGCAAGAAACAUCUCAACACGUUUGGACUGUUGGACCCGGGCAGCGAAGCGUCUCUUAUCUUAGAUCAUGCGGCCGACAAAAUUGGAUUGACCGGACAGGCCCAAACGAUCCGUCUAAGAACCUUCCAUGGCCAGGAUCCAGAUAUUCCAACGCGCACCGUCAACUUCGAUAUUUCUCCAAGAGACGACCAAUCACGAUUCAAAACCAUGAAUGCGUUGACCGUCCCACAACUCAACUUUGCGAAGAAGAAAUGUCAUUGGCCCAGCGUCAAGAAAGAAUGGAAUCAUCUAGCUGACUUAGAUUUGCCAACAUUCGACUCGGCCCUCGUUACCGUUAUUAUCGGUCGAGACAUACGUGGAGCGCAUCGUAUUUUGGAAGAACGCUGCCACUCCGGAGACACCGGCCCAGAUGCCAUUUUAACGCCAUUUGGAUGGUGUGUAGCCGGUUCAGUGCCGUCACGAGUGUUCGAGGCCUCGGAGAGAAGACCCGGCAUUUAUCAGAUCCAUUUUCAGCCAUCCGACCUGGAGUUGAGAGAAGACAUCGCUAGGCUGUGGCAAACUGAAGCCUUCGGUGUUCAAAAACCAACUCAACCGAUACUCUCCACCGAAAACCGAAAGGCGAUGGACCUCCUCGAAAAAUCCAUCCGCCAUACAGGAGAACGACAAGAAGUGGCAUUAAUGUGGAAGGAAGAAAACGCAGUGCUGCCAAACAACUAUUCGUCGGCAUUGCAGCAACUGCAACAUCUUUCCAAACGUUUUAAACGGGACCCAGCUUAUGGCGAAAAAUAUAACAAGGUGAUCCAAGAAUACCUGUCGCUCGGUCACGCAAUUCCUGUAGAUCCGUCCGACACAGGUACGCCUGGGCGUGUGUUUUAUUUGCCACAUCAUGGUGUCACGUCCGUGAAUAAGCCGGACAAGGUCCGCGUCGUAUUCAACUGCUCGGCUCAACAUAAUGGAAUCAGCCUAAACGACAUGCUCCACCAAGGCCCAGAUUUGUUAACCAGCCAAGUAGCAGUCCUCCUCCGCUUCCGUCAAUUCCCGGUACCGAUUGCCGGAGAUAUUGAAAAAAUGUAUCACCAGGUGCAAGUUCCGGCAAGCGAUCAAUCCGCUCUUCGUUUCCUUUAUCAAGCGCCUGGGAUCAACGAACCGAUCAAAGCGUUUCAAAUGACGCGACAUGUUUUCGGUGCCGUCUCAUCGCCGACGACAUGCAUCUUUGCUCUGAGAAAAACGGCCGAAGAUAAUCGACAUCUUUAUCCGACAGUUGCCGAACUCGUGCUGUCGAACACGUAUGUCGACAAUCUACUUUACUCUGCCGAAAACGAAGACGACGCCAUUCGUGACGCCAAGGACUUCAAGGCCCUCUGUCUAGCUGGCGGAUUUAAUGUCGUACAAUGGAUGUCAUCAUCCCGUCGUGUUCUCUCAACAGUUGCUCCAUCCGAGCUCUCUCGCCCUCAUCUCGACUUCAAUUCUGAGUUGCUCCCGGUCGAAAGAACACUCGGCAUCUUGUUGGAUUGGGAGACCGAUCAGUUCAUGUACAAAGUCGAGUUGAAACCAGCAUCGACCAUGCGUGAAGUACUCCAAGGUUUAUCGAAGGUCCACGACCCUCUUGGUCUCAUUGCCCCCGCCAUUUUGCCAGCCCGAAUCUUAAUGCAAGAUAUAUGGCACAGCCGGUGCGGAUGGGACGACGUGCUGGAUCAAGAUCUCCAAAAUAUUUGGACAAAUUGGACCAACGAGCUAAAACUUCUCGAAGCACUCCGCAUUCCGCGCUGCAUCCGCCGCGUAACCAAACCCGAUCAUCUAGAGCUUCAUGCUUUUAGUGAUGCCAGCGAAAAUGGCUUCGGUGCUUGUGUAUAUCUCCGAUGUUCAUAUCCGAACGAAAAAAUCAGUGUCGCCUUAGUGAUCGGAAAGGCAAGAGUGGCACCGUUAAAACAGUUAUCAAUCCCGCGACUCGAACUCCAAGGAGCUGUUUUAGCCGCUAGACUCGUCAGCACAGUCCGACAAGAAAUGAACUUGAAGGACGUUCCAAAAACAUAUUGGACCGACUCACAAACCGUUCUUCAGUGGAUUCAUUCAACGUCCUGUCGCUAUCACGCUUUUGUAGCUCACCGAAUCACCGAAAUUGUCGACCAGUCAGUGGCAAAAGAGUGGCGGCAUAUCCCAGGGGAGCUGAAUCCGGCAGACGACGCUUCGCGUGGAAUACCAGCGUCAUCCUUAAAUCCGAAACACCGCUGGUUUUGUGGGCCAUCAUUUCUCCUGAUGUCCCGCGAAAGCUGGCCAGCGCCUGAACAAAUAUCAGAGCCCAGCUCCGAUGAUCCAGAAGUUGCCCCGUCACGCUGGGUGGGAUCAAUUUCAAACGAACCCAUUCACCCGUUCAUCCGCAUCGCUGAACGUGUAUCAACGUUGGAAAAAUUCAAGUCCUCAGUUGGCUGGCUCCGACGUUUCGCGCGAAAUUAUUCGUUAAAAGAAAAACCAAAAACAACGCUUCGUUUCUUAUCCGUGCCCGAGCUCCGCAGGGCAAUGACGUUCGCUUUUCGCAUCGACCAACAACAUUAUUUCGCCCGCGAGUUGGAAUUUCUCCGCAAAAGGCGUCCAUUGCCAGUCGAUUCAAAACUGGUUCACCAUACCCCCUUCCUCGACGUCAAUUCCGUCAUGAGAGUCGGUGGUCGAUUAGAUAGGAGCGCAUUCAACGAAGACAUCAAGCAUCCUAUCAUCCUCCAUCACGAGAGUCAAUUGGCUCGAUUGGUUAUCCAAGAGCGACACAUUUAUCUCGAACAUUCGCGACCUGAUCGCACGCUCCACGAUGUCCGAUCUCGAUACUACAUCCCGAAGCUGAGACGCAUCAUAAAAUCCGUCGUGGGAGAUUGUGCAAAAUGUCGGCUGUUACGCUCGAAACCAGCUCCUCCAAUUAUGGCUCCGCUCCCGUCCUAUCGCCUCCGCCCGUUCACGCGACCAUUUUCCGGAACGGGAAUAGACUACUUUGGACCAAUGCCUAUCACCAUGCUCCGACGGUCAUUGAAAAGAUGGGGCGUGAUGUUUACUUGUUUAACGACUCGAGCCGUCCACAUCGAACUCGCCGAAACACUUUCGACCGACUCGUUUCUCCUCGCUUUCUGGCGAUUCGUAAAUGUGCGUGGCUGUCCUGGCGUCGUUUAUAGCGACAACGGCACAAAUUUAGUCGCAGGCGAAAAGGAAAUCUCAGAAGGUUUGGCGCGUUUCAAUCAAGAAAGAAUCGGAUCAAAAUUGGCGAAACGCGGCAUCGAGUGGCAUUUCUCUCCUCCCAUCGCGCCGCAUUUUGGCGGUUCAUGGGAACGCCUUAUUCAGUCCGCAAAAUCCGCCCUACGCAUCAUUCUCGACGGCCGGACAUCGUCCAACGAAAUUCUGCAGUCCGCCUUAGUCGGGGCAGCAACGCUAAUGAAUGGACGUCCCCUCGAAUAUGUUCCAGUCGACCCGAAAGAUCCCAUUCCGUUGACCCCCAAUCAUUUUCUUCUCCUCGAAGCUAAUCCGAACGAACCUCUGGACGUCCUCGAUUUGUCAGAAAGACCGUCCACCAAAGGAUGGAGAGCAGCCCAAGAUCUCAUCACUCAUUUCUGGCGUAGGUGGCUCCGCGAGAUCGUACCGAAACUCAAUUCUCGAUCAAAAUGGACAGCACCGAAUCGAAAUAUUGCUGUCAACGAUAUUGUCUUAAUUGUUGAUCCAGCCACUCGCAGAGGUGAGUGGCCGCUUGGCCGCGUACUUGAAGUCUUUCCCGAUCUCAACGGCACCGUUCGCUCGGCAUCCGUCGCAGUUUGGUCCGGGAAAGGCACGGAAACAAAACUUUGGACCCGAGCGGCUCAUCAUCUGUGCGUGCUGGAGACCGAAAAAUGCGAUGUUUCGGACAUCCGAAACAGGGCCGGCUGUGUUACGGACGAAAAUCUGACACCUCAGCGCCCUAAGGGCACCGAAUUUCCUAUCCCAGGACAAGGCGGACCAGACGACGGCUCAGUGGCAAAAUCGACACCGUAG